CGCUACCCCGCCCUGGUCCACCCGGCUCCUCCUCUGCUCUUGGCCCGGGGCCCAACUCGACUCUGCUGGGAACGGAGAGUCGAUGCUGGGCCCUAUUGCGGCGCACUGCCCUUCCCCACGGGCAGCUAUUUGGCCUUGUGGCAGAUCCCCAGCCUGCCCUGAGUGUUGGGACCAUGGCCUCCAUCAAUGAGUUGCCCAGUAAUAUUCUCCUGGAGCUGUUCUCCCUGAUACCAGCCCGGGAGCUCCUAUUGCACUGCCGGCCAGUCUGCAGCCUGUGGCGCGACCUCAUUGACCUGGUGUCUCUGUGGAAGUUGAAGUGCCAGCGGGAGGGCUUCAUGCCCAAGAAGUGGGGCCAGCCUGUAUCUGACUGGAAGGUUUUCUACUUCCUCUGCAGCCUCCGGAGGAACUUGAUCCGCAACCCCUGUGCUGAAGAAGGCUUUGAGUUUUGGACCCUGGACGUGAACGGAGGAGAUGAGUGGAAAGUGGAAGACUUGCCUGGUGAUCACAGGAGGGUGUUUCCUAACUCCCAUGUCAAGAAAUAUUUUGUCACGUCUUAUUACACCUGCCUCAAGUCUCAAUUAGUGGACCUGAAAGCUGAAGGAUAUUGGGAGGAGCUAAUGGACCGGACCAGACCAGACAUCGUGGUCAAGGACUGGUUUGCUGCCAGACAAGACUGUGGCUGCAAGUAUCAGGUCUGUGUGCAGCUCCUGUCUUCAGGCCAUGUGCCUCUGGGCACCUUCCAGCCAGAUCCUGUUGCCAUCCAGCAGUGGAGCGAUGCCAAGUGGAGAGAGGUCUCCCACACGUUCUCCAACUACCCACCUGGUGUCCGCUAUAUCUGGUUUCAGCAUGGAGGAGUGGACACACACUAUUGGGCUGGCUGGUAUGGGCCCCGGGUCACCAACAGUAGCAUCACCAUUGGUCCUGAACUGACUUGAGCUAACAUACAGCCCUCAUCUGCUGCACCCUGACCUACUGCUCCAUCAUCCUAGGUCCUCCUUCUUUGCACUGCUGUUACCGUCAACUCUCAAUUAUCCAGGGACCGUGAGCCUGACAGGUACAUUAUCCAGGCCCCUCUCUGCCACAUGAUGAUUCCUGGUUGCAGUCAGAACAACGUGAAACCAUGGAAAGAAAUCACUGGCUCUGAAGUCAGGAGAUGUGGAUUUGAAUCCCCAGCUCUGCUGCUUCCUGUGUGACCCAGAACCACGUAACUUUACCCUCUCUGAACCUUAGCUUGUUCCUCUGUAAAAUGAGGAUGAGUCCAGGAUGGUUCUGAGGAAAGCACUUUGUAAUCCUUCAGGGCAAUAUAGAGCUGUGAAUUAUUAUGAUUAUUGCACAGAGGACUCUACGCCAGAGAACACUUUCCAGAAUAUUUACUUCCCAUGAGGAAGGCAAGGCAGAUGCUGGCAUCUCCCUCUAUCAGAGGAGGAAACUGAGGCUGAGAGAGGAAAAGAAGCUGGGCCAAGGUCAGACAGAGUGAUGGCGGCUGGGACUAAUAGCCAGGUUCCUGCGGCCUGCUCAGGGACUAAAGGCCGGGUCCCCUGCUGCUUACUCCCAGAACCCUCUCCCCCAGUGCCUCUGAGCAGGGAAGGGGUAAGUCAUCUGGACCCCUCGAGGCACUUGGAGAGCAGUUCAAGGAAAGGCUUUAGUGCAAGGGGACUUGGGACCACAGUUGAGUUGAGCUAUAAGUUGGAGUCUGGGCUCCUCCCCAGCCUGGCACGGAUAGUGGCGAGUUGACUAGCUAACUCACCAGCCUCUUCCAACUCUUUUUUCUCCCUCGCUUCUCUAGUGUUUUUCACUGUCCCCAAUUUUUAGUCACCACUAGUUUCUCCUUUAUAAUACCUGAAAAGACGUGGGGGCCGAGUUUAUCGGCUACAGUAUCGGGAGCUAUCAGGAGCUUCAGGGAGAGAGAGGGGGUAGAUAGCUAGUUUGCUGAUGGACCCCACCACUGAGGAUGAAGCUAUUUUCUUGAUUUAAUCCCUCCUUGACAUCUCGACCCCCAGCACCAGAGGGUGCUCUAGCCCCAGAGAGAACAGAGGUCCAAGGGAGACCCAUCUCCCCUGGAUGGGGAGUUCAGUGAAUCUGGAGCAGGCAACGUCCCACCGAUUCUGAAUUGUCCCCAAGAAAACUAGGUGGCAUCUGAGGUCUGGUCCAAGGUGAACCCAAGUAUUGAGAGCCUAAUCAGACCCCAGGAUUUGAUUCGGGGGAAUGGGAAUCUUCCCAUUUGGGAGAUGGGAAUCAAGAGAAAAAGGAUCCUCUUCUCAACAGCCAGAUAAUAUCAGCUCCUGCCCCUUUCCACUCCUCUUGGGCCUUUUACCCUUGGGCCAUCCUCUUCCUGAGGCCUGGGUGUCCUCUCUGCCCUGCCCUCACUCUCAGUAGCCCCCAUGAGCCAAGGCUUGCCUACACUAAUGAGUCUUCCAAAGCUCCUGCCAGGAGCUGCCAUUCUCAGGAUCCCCACACUCCCUCUGGCUCUCUCCCUCCUGCUGCUCUGAACCCCACACCUUCCUGCUCAAGUGCCACCAGUUUUCCUCCUCAGAUUCUUCUCUUUGGAGCAAGUAGCCAAAUAAAAAAAUGUUUCAA